UAGGUUUGUGAGAGAUGUGCAGAUGAGGAACCCCCCUUCCCAAUUUAUAGUACAAGAAAGGCAAUGUAGUUGGCAUCCUUGAUUAGGCUCAACACUAAUAAGGAGAAUUGCUGUGAUAUAAUUUUGAACUAAAAUGGUAAAUGAGUCAUGUUGAUAAGUAAUGUCUUAUAGUUUUUUUGGUAUUUAAGGCCAUAUUAACCAAUUUCAGUAGCUUACUUAUGCAACUAGCAAUACUAAAAUGAUGAGUAGACAUUAUGUUACAGUUAGUCAUCCCUAUAAGAUUACAGAACAACCAUUAUAAUUCAUCUACUGCUUAAAUGUAUUGGUUAAGAUUUUCUUAUUUUAAGGAAAAAAAAAAGAAUAAUUGUUGGUGAAUUUCUCUUAGGCCAAACCGUAUGGACUCGAAAAGUUCUGAGCUCGAUUUUCAUUGAAAGCAAUACAUUAUUGUGACUACGCUUUGGGCUUUGACCUAACUGACCCUGUCGUCAGUUGGAAAACUUCUAUGCGUGCGGGUCUGAUGGUAUGAGUUUAGGCUCAUAUCGGAUCUCCAAAGGACAAGAUUGUAUAAUGUCAUUCUCGAUUACUAAAAAAAUAAAUAAUUAAGUGCAUCUAGUAACAUGUGCUCUUAUACAUUUACUGCCUUUUAUACCCCUUAACUUUCUUUGCCAGAACCAUAAACCAAAAGUUUCCCUAUUAUGGCAAUGAUGCAAUGUAGUUGAUUUAACAUAAUUUUCUUUUCUUUUCUGAAAAAUUUAGUUAGAUAGAACUCUGUUUUCUCAAAAUGCACGAAAUUCCAAAUUGUUCAUUCCCUCCUCUGCAUCCAAACACCAAGAAAUGGAGAAUUUGAAGAAAUAGCAGGGUUUAGGAAUUUAUAACUAGGAUCUCAAACCAUAAUGCUUUAUAUAGUAUACCGCAUGCUUUUUAACUAAUCUAGUUUAAGUAACAUAAUGAAAUAUAGAUUAGGCAUGGAUGAACUAAUUAAUUCAUAUAUUAGUGCAUGUGAAAAGUCAUUAAUCCUUCAAAUCAUGCCAAACCCACAAUAACUUUGGUGCUUGUAUGUGUAUAGUUUGAUUCAUUGAAAAGCAAGAGCUCUGGUUCAUGAAUACUAAUAGAUAAGGUACUGUCGUAUCUGACAAUCAAGCCAUGUCUGUGAGCGGAAUUGAAUCUUUAUCAAAGUUCAUUGACCCUCAAAAGAUGCAGGAAAUUCUUGGAGGAAUUACUGGUAACAUCUUCACAUUUCUUCUCCAUGUUCGCGUGAAAAAUAUCGUCGUUAGAAAAUUCGUCAGAAACUAUAUAUAUUCACCCAGUUUGUUCAAUAAUGUUGCAGACAUAUUGAACAAGAACUCAUCAAAUGCAGUUCUGGUAGGAAUCACAGUUGUUUGGUUUCUCUUUGAAGUCGUGCAGAUCUUGUUGGCUCCUGUUCUUUGUUACAUUCUCAUUCUCUUCAUGUUCAUCAUGUUUGCGUGGUCUAAAGCAGCCGGAGUAAUCAAAUUGAGUCCUCCUAGUACUAGUGAUAUUAAGUUGUCAGAAUCUGUGGUCGAGCAAAUAAACUGGUGCUUGCAGACAUUUUAUGAGAUUUCGUGUGGAGAGGACUUAAAGCUCUUUUUCAUGACAAUGGCUUCCUUGUUUGUGAUGUCAUUUCUCGGGAACUAUGUCUCAUUUUUCACGCUUACAUACAUUGCUGUUCUGAGUGUAAGAGUAUUACCUCCUUUGUACGAACAAAAUAAAGAGCAGGUGGAGCUUGUUGUUGCCAGGACCAACCUAGACAUCAAGAAGUUGUUGGACGAGUUGAGAUCCAAAUUUCUUGACAAGAUUCCAAGGGCCGCAAAUUGAUACUCCCAAGUAAUGACUAAUAGUAGAUUAGGGUUUAUGGCAGAGACUUCCAUCGAUCUCUUUCUAGGAAUUUGUUUCCUGUUGGGUUCAUAGAAAUCGAUAAUCAUUGUAAUACUAAUUUGGAAUUUUUUAAGGGUGA